AUAUUAAUCACACACUCAGAAUAUUAAUUCUGUAAACAAUGUGAGACUUGGUUGUUUAAAAUGUGGAGAAAUAGUGAAAAGCAUAGCAUAUACAUAGUGUUUUUAUUGUUCUUUGGUGUAGUACACUCUAUUCACAAUGAGACACGCUGCUUCCAGUUUACGUGGCUGGGACCAAGAUACAACGAGGACAGUGUGUUUCUAAACGCAACUUGUAAUGAUGCUACUCAACUUGCCGAUGGAGUACCUUGUGAACUGCCUUUAGUUGUGUCUAGGGAUGGAACUUGGCCAGACAUUGAAUACAUCUGGGCUAACCAUUUCGAAGAGACAACCUGUGUUUUAGCCGCAAACGACAUCUGUGCAAAAUACACGUAUUAUUUCAAUGGACAUCCUGAAAACUCAACAUACAUGUGCACUCGAGCCGUCGAUGCCCAGGAGUCUGCAAUAACCAACGGAUGCUACACGCAGACCUCUGGAAGCUACCAGACUAGAGUUUGUUUCUGCCGAUCAGUUCCUGGAGGGGUCCCGUGCAAUCACGCCAUAAAACUCACCACUACUUUAUUUGGAAUUAAUUUAAUCGUAUUCAUUGUUUUGUACUUGUAUUUGUUUUAAAGGAGGAUGGCGAGAAUGGACCCACAUAAUUAAAAAAUUAACGAAGCACCAAUUAGAGAAGUACAAGUAUAAGUUUAUACAAAAAUUAUUGAGGCAAUAAGAUAUGGGAGUCAAAAGAUAUAAAUUAUUAUAAUAUAUAAAAGAAUAUGUCAUCUUGCACUAUCGGAACGUUUUGCGCAAUUGAAUAUUAACAUCUACAUUUUUUGACAUGAAAAGUCAUUUUUUAUAUGAAUGUUCCGACACCAUCAAACUAUCUAAACCUACUCAAAUCAAUAAUUCAGUAGAUAGUAAUUCACAAUAAUUGUGAAUAACAAUAAGAUUCAAUAAGAUUAUUAUCAUUUUUGAUACUAAAAUCAGUAGGUAUAGUAUCUUUAAAAGAUUCGAUACCUGCUUGAAAAAAGAAUGAAUUGUGAAUCCUCAAUUAUUAGCUGCUGGUUACCCUACCACAUAAAUAUAAUAUUAUCUUUUAGCAGACAGUAAUUAGGCAUAGACAUAAGAUACAAAUUAUUGAUUGAACAAUGGAUAUUGGUUAAUAAUUUUAGGUUAUAUUUUACUUUUAGGUAUAUCUUUUUUCUCCCACUUUUUUAGACUUACUUACAUUUUGCUUUUUUCUUUGUUUUGUUACGUUGUACAAUUCUUAAUAAGUUUUCAUGAUGUACGCCACUUAUUUUAAAUUUAGUGGGUCCCAAAAUACAUGCAUUCUCGCCAUCCUCCUUUAUUUCCAAUUUCAAUUUAUUUAUUAAAAGAUUAUUAAAAUACAAAAUGGGAAUAAUUAUACAAGUUUUACUUAAAAGCUAGUCAACACUGCCUGAACUAGGUAAACCUGUGUGUCAGGCGUAAAGAGCUUAUAUUAAAAUUAAAUAAUGACAAAAAAGAGAAACUUAAUUAAGUAAAAAGGUAUAAAUAAAUUUACCGGUUUAAAGUAAACAAUGUCUUCUAAGUAAUGACUAUUAACUAAUACAAAUAAAAUAUACAUAAUGUUUAUUUUAACACUAUUAGUAUUUUUUUAAUAAAGUUAUUAAUGUGUUUUGA